AUGAAAGAAAUUAUCAUGAUGAUAGUUUUGAUCCUGAUCGCAUUAACGCAGAUAAUUUUGGCACAUCCCAUUCACAACGACACUUUGUCUACAACUUCUACAUUGGCCUUUGACUCAAUGACCGAUACAGUCACAGUAGAUUUUAUUUUGACAUCUCCAUCAUCCAAAGAUAUGCUCCCUACAAAUUCUACCUUUGCGUCACAAUCAGUUAACGAUACAAGCACCAUUGGCUUCAUGACCAAUGCUAGAGAUGUAUUUUCAAAACCAUCGUUGAGCAGACAGCUGUCUGUUCCUGUAGCUUUCGCAAUGAUUGGUGGUUCUGUGAUAGGGCUAGGUAGUGGUCUGGCACUAUUAUGGAUCCUUUACAAAAAGAAUGUCGUGCCGAAAUCAGUUGCAUCUACAUAA